AUGACCAUCGGAUCACCGAUCAAUCUGCCCAAGUGGCUCGAAGACAACAAGGACAAGCUACAACCGCCCGUGAAUAACUAUUGCAUCUACGAUGGCAAGGACAAGAUUGUGAUGAUCAUCGGAGGACCCAACUCGCGGAGCGACUAUCACUGGAAUGAAACCGAGGAAUGGUUUUAUCAGUACAAGGGAGCGAUGCUGCUCAAGGUUGUAGACGAUGGCAAGUUCCGCGACAUCACCAUAGGGGAAGGGGAGAUGUUCCUGCUACCAGCGAACACGCCACAUAAUCCUUGUCGCUUUGCUGACACCGUUGGGCUUGUGAUUGAGCAAAAGCGGCCGCCUCAAGCGAUAGACCGAUUGCGUUGGUAUUGUCCUUCCCCAACACACAAAGAUCCCCAUGUGAUCCGCGAAGUCUCAUUCCACUGUACAGAUCUGGGCACACAGCUCAAGCCUCAUAUCAAUGCCUGGAUGACCGAUGAGGCGCUGCGCAAAUGUCCAGACUGUGGCACCGUCGCACCACCAAAGUGA